CUCCGCUGCUUGCCUGUAAACUUUCCGCCGCGAGCUCAGUCAGUUAGUGAGCGGCGGACCGUUGGUACCGUUGGACCGUUGGACCGUUGGUACCGUUGGACCGUUGGUACCGUGUCUGUCUCUCUGUCUGCGGUAACGGAAACCCCUCCGUGCUCCGGUAUGAGCUAGUCAUGAUCUGAUUAACGGGGCUUUUAAUUCGGUAGUUUGGAGAAGCGACAUUUUAAAAUUAAAUUAAAAAAAAAAAAAAAAAAAAAGCUCGGAGGAAUGGAGGCUGUGAGUAAGUGGACGCCGCAACAAGUGGUGGACUGGAUGAGAGGUCUGGAUGACAGCCUGCAGCAGUACAUCCCGUCCUUCCAGCAGCAGCAGGUGGACGGGGAGAAGCUGCUCAGGAUGUCCCACCAGGAGCUGCUGUCUCUGGGUGUGUCGCGGGUCGGACACCAGGAGCUGGUGCUGGAGGCCGUGGAUCUGCUCUGCGCCCUGAACUAUGGUGUGGAGUCGGACAACCUGAAGACUCUGGUGGGGAAGAUGAGAGUGGCGCACCACAGCCUGAGCAGCGCGGUGAUGCAGCGAAGGAAGAACCCCGCCUACCACAGCAAAAUCUCCCAUCAGCCCUCCAACGAAUUCCUGACCGCCGUGGUUGAGCUGAUCGGAGCCGCCAAGAGUCUGCUGGCCUGGCUGGACAGGACUCCUCUGACGAGCGCCAACGACUUCACCUCCACCAAGAGCAGAAUCAUCCAGCUGUGUCUGGAGCUUACCUCCACCGUGCAGAAGGACUGUACUGUUUAUGAGAUUGAGGAGAAGAUUCUGGAAGUGUCCCGAGCUCUGAACAGCAUCUGUGAGAAAACAGUCCAGGCGACCUCUGACCCCUUAAAGAGUGAGGUGGCCUGUCUGGAGGAGGUGCACAUCACCAACGUCAAGCCCGGGGAGGGACUGGGUAUUUACAUCAAAUCCACCUACGACGGCCUUCAUGUCAUCACAGGAACAACGGAGAAUUCUCCUGCAGAUAAAACCAAGAGGAUUCAUGCUGGAGAUGAAGUCGUUCAGGUCAACAAACAGACAGUGGUGGGCUGGCAGUUGAAGCACCUGGUGGAGAAGCUGAGGGCAGAGUCUGGAGGCGUCGUCAUGGUGGUGAAGAAGAGGCCGUCUGGAACAUCCGGUGGCUUCGCACCCGCUCCGCUGAAAAACCUGCGCUGGAGACCACCGCGCGUACAGACCUCUCAGGGAGCUCCAGGUCUCUACAGAUCUCAACAGCCAGAAACCUCAGACGCUCCUGGGAAGAGAGGGAAGGCAGCCGUAUUGGAUUUGUACGUCCCUCCUCCCCCUGCCGCCCCUUACGUGCCACUAGACGCCAACAUGAACGUGUCUCAAGGUGUGAAAAUGAGGCCGAAGUCUCCGAACUCGUGCCUGGACGCAGACGUGCGGCGACGCUUCACCGUUGCCGACGACAACAGGACGUCCAUCAGCCCCCCACCUGAAGUCAACCAAGCAAAACCUGUAUGCCUUAGACAGCGCUCCUCCACACGCUGUAAACCUCGACCUGUCUCCAUGCCGGUGGAGUCGUUUUCUGGUGUGUCCGACCCGUCCUCCAGGCCUGGCGCUAAGGGAAGGAAAGGGAAGGACAUUCUGCACAGGUAUAUGAGUAACGAGGGAAUCAGCACCAUCAUGGAGGAGGAGCCAUGUUACCCUCUGCCAUACCGAGGACACCCAUCUGUCCGCGGUGUCGACCACAUCAGAGGCAGCCAGUGCUUCAUCAACGCCGACCUGCACAACAGCGCGACAAUCCCUUACCAGGAAGCAGCGUCCAAAAAGUCUGCCGCCUCCACCUCUGCUGCUGUUUCUCCUCCUCUGGCUGUGACCAAGCAGUCGACGUCGCUGCUCGGAGGCUGGCUGGCUCGUCUCAGGCUGCUCAGCCCGCCGAGAGACUCUAGUUCCUCCUCUGCUGAGCGUCAGUCUGCUGCAAAGACACCAAACUGCUGGACGUCCAGACUGCAGCAGGCUGCAGCCAUGAGUCGGCGGCGGGUUUCGAUCAAAGAACUGGGCGUGGUGGACUGUCAGGGGUGGCUCCUCCGCAGGAGGGAGGGCCGCAGCUUCCUGGGAAGCAAAUGGAAGAGAUACUGGUUUGUCCUGAAGAAGAGCUGUCUGUACUGGUACACCGACAAGAUGGCAGUGAAAGCAGAAGGAUUCAUCAACCUGUCCGGCUUCACCAUCGAACAGGCCAAACAGCACAAGAAGAAACAUGCCAUAACGGCCAGUCAUCCGUUGGUUGUGACCAUUUUCGUCGCUGCAGAGAGCUUCACAGACAUGAAUAAGUGGAUCAGUAAACUGUCCGAAGCAGCCAAGCCAUGCGAACUGAUCAACACUGAAGACUGCUACAGCGAGGACAGCGAUCAGGACACAGAUGAGUUGAAUUCCAGUUCUUUGGACCCCGAACGGGAAGCAGAACAAUCUGAAAAUGGGGACACUCUUCGGCCUCUCUGUGAGUCUUCACCCUGCGCCUCAACCCCGCCCACUACACUGAACAGUGAAAGCAGAAGUAGAAGUACCUCCGAUGGUGCAACUUUAAGUAGAGAAAGAAGAAGAGCCUCAGGAGGCAGUGAGCGUCUGUCCUGGUUGGACCUCCCCAGACCAGAGGGAGCUGGUAAAACAGUGUCCCUGCCUCUGCUCCAUGUUAGUGAGGAAAAAGAAGAGGAGGCCGUCCAUGAGAAGCCACCUGAUGAGAUGGAGAGCCUCUACAGGCACCUGAGGGCAGCCAGCUUGUCUCCGAUUGGACAGUCCAGUAAGAGGGACUUCAGAGCGUCCUUCAUCAAACGAUGUCAGAACGACAAAGUCAACGAAAAGCUUCACCUGCUCAGGAUCCUCAGAAGCACAUUAAAGGCCAAAGAGUUGGAGCUGCAGGCGAUGGAGCAGAUCCUGACCGACCCGGCCCUCACAGCUCCCACAUACAGGGAAUGGAGACUCUCAAACUCCAUCUUGCUGCAGGAGAUCAGCCAACGCAGCCAGGCAGCAGGAGGCGCUGCAGAGCUGAGAGUUCCCGAGAACUGAGCUGAGACUGGGACCACAUUAACAUCACGUUUCAGAUUUUCCUUCCGCACUUAAACACCGGGAUGGCAAAAGUCUUUCAGCCGUUAUGUGUUAAGAAGUGGGACAGAGAGCAGGCCACUGUGCUGGAUCUCACUGUGCUGGAUCUCACUGGGUGAACUGGGACCAAACAACGGUGCUAAGCAUGUUGUAGGCGACUGUUUAAUGCUUUAAUGGUUCACCCAGGUGGCAGUGGUGGAAAGUAAAUCGAAGUACUGUAUUUAAACUUGUAACAUUUACUGAGCUACAUUUAUUUGACAGCUUUAAUUACUUUGCAGAUUUACGAUUAUUAAUACUAAUUUAAUUGAUACAAAAAUAUAUGAUUUAUGAUGUAAGUUAGGGUAAUGGUUCCCAACAUUUUUCCUGAAGGGACCCCUUUUUUAUCAGUUACAUAUUUUAUAUAUAUUUUAUAUUCUAUAGCUGAUAAACUGCACAAUGACAGUAAUAUAAUAUAAUAAUAUAUUAACUGCGAGACGAUCUGGAGGAAUUUUGAGCAUAUUCAUUAUUUUUUUACUUUAAGUUUUCCUGAUAUUUUUAGGAACUCUUUCUACAGUUUUGUCUGCAUUAUGUAUUUUUAAAGGUCUUCAGUCAUACAUACUGUCUAAGCAAACAAUUUCAUUUCUUCACAGAAAUGAGUGAACUGCUGAUAUAUAGGCUUACUAUGUAUAUUUUUAAAGUUUUCUUACUUUCUUAAGAUCAAGUACGCCUCGUGACCCCUCGUGAAGCUUUGCCGACCCCUAAUGGAGGUCCCAACCCACAGGUUUAGGACCCCCAUUAGUACAGGCGUUAGGUACUUGAAGUAUAUUUCAUGAACUUUUACUUGUAGCAUUUAUACAUAUACAGUAUUUUUACACUGCAGUAUUUCUACUUUUACUUAUCAGGGGCGUUGUGGGGGGGGCAAACCCAAGUAAAGCCUUUUUAUCCACCUCUUUGAAAUAAGAGUUUAUUCAUCUAUUUUCCUAUCAACUGUAUCAAUGAGGGGAAACAAGGUGGGUAAACUACAGUUAACCUACCUCCGUAUUUACCACUACACCCCUGAGUAAAAGAUCUGAGUACUUCAUCCGCCACUGCCAGAUGGUUGAGGGGUUAAACAUCCAGUCUGCAGCCUCAUUUACUCCGUGCUCAGUGUUUUAAAAGAUCCAAACACACAUUAAGCUCCUUUAAAUUGACGUUUCUUUUUAUUGUCAGACAUUUGAACAAUAAUAAACUGACUGCAGCUCAUGAACUUUUAACCAGCUGACAGAUUCCAGCUGUAGGACACCAGUCAUCCUUUUUAUAUUCAAGUUGUGUGAGCUGAAUUGGGCGUCUAUGGUAGUCAGUGAAAUGCUGUUAAAUUUAAGUUUACUAUCAAACAUACAAUUAAAUUUCAUCCAGUUUUAACCUUAAUUUCCUAUUAUCUGAACAGCACCCAACCUUGUUUGAGUAUACGUCACUCACUUGUGAGUAGGUUUCCUCUUCCACACUACAACGUGUCUACUCUGGAGAAAAACUGUUCAUUCAAUGUGGAUGGAAGCUCAAAUCAGAGACGAACAGAUGUUUGGAGAGGACUCAAACUGGGAGAAACUUUAAUGCUUCAGUAUCACAUGACGGGACAUUAAUAAAAAGGCACCAACACCGCCAGGGUUGACGGGCCAAUUGCCACUGGUCGGUCUGAGGAGUGAACAAGUUGCUUCUGGCCCCUCCACACAUUUAACAAUACAAAACAAAAAAUUAACACUUUACAAAAACAAAAUAACAGCACUGUAUUGUUUCUCAGGUUAAUGUUAUUCUAUAUUUUUAUGUAUAAAGAUGUUUUUAAACUGCAGUAAAUUGUUUACCUCACUUUAA